AUGGAAUCAAGACAAGAAAUAGAAAUACAACAACUUCAAGAUAGAAUAAAAUCAUUAGAAUUAGAAAAUACUAAACUAAAACAAUCAGUUCAAAGUCAAAAUGCCUCAAAUUUUUCCAAAAUUGAUGAAUUUUUCACUGAUGAUGAAUAUAAAAGAUACGGAAGACAAAUGAUAGUCCCACAAUUCGGCUCUAGAUCCUCACAAAUCAAAUUGAAGAAGUCUAAAGUAUUAGUAGUUGGAGCUGGUGGGCUCGGAUCACCUGCUUUAUUAUACCUCGCUGCAUCAGGAGUUGGAAUUAUUGGAAUCAUAGAUGAUGAUAUAGUUGAUACGAGUAAUUUACAUCGACAAAUAAUUCAUAAUACCGAAACAGUGGGGUUAUAUAAAGCCGAAUCUGCAAAACAAUACCUAUCCAAACUAAAUCCACAUGUAAAUAUAAUCACCUACUGUCAAAAAUUAACAAAUGAGAAUUCAUUUGACAUUAUUUCAGAGUACGAUCUUGUAUUAGAUUGCACUGAUCAUCCAGCGAUCAGAUAUUUAAUUAAUGAUGUUUGUGUUCUAUUAAACAAGACUAUUGUCUCUGGAUCAGGUCUAAAAUCAGAUGGACAAUUCACAAUCUUAAAUUUCAAAUCAAAGGGACCUUGUUAUAGAUGUUUUUAUCCACUGCCUCCAAAUCCAAAUUCCGUAACUUCAUGUUCUGAUGGUGGUGUAAUCGGACCAGCGAUUGGUUUGGUGGGAGUGGCAAUGGUGAUGGAAACAAUCAAAAUCAUCACUGACUUCUAUAGUGUUGAUAAUUUUACACCAUUUUUAUCUAGCUACUCAGGAUAUCCUCAUCAAAGUAUACGUAAUUUUAAAAUGAGGAAUAAGGCGAAAAACUGCUUAAUAUGUCGAGAAAAGCCAGAAAUUACUAGGGAGAUGAUUGAAAGUGGUGAGUUGAAUUAUAGUUCAUUUUGUGAUAGACUAGAGACGACUCCAUUGGAUCUGAAAUAUAGAAUAUCUGUUAAGGACUACAGGGAGGUUGAGAGGGAGCAUGUUUUGAUUGAUGUUAGACCUAAGGAACAAUUUGAAAUUACAAAAUUAAAAAACUCGAUAAAUGUUGAAUGGGAUCCCGUGUUUAGGAAGGCCGAAGUUAUCGAGCAGGUGUUGCCUGAUGUUUCUAAAGAUGAUGAGAUUUAUGUUAUCUGUCGAUUUGGUAAUGAUUCUCAAUUGGCUACUCAAAAAUUACUCGACCUAGAGUAUAAGAAUGUUAAAGAUAUUAUUGGUGGGAUAAAUAAAUGGAGUGAAGAUAUAGAUCAAACGGUACCUAAAUAUUAA